GCGUUCCCUGGUCCGUCCCCUCUCCUGCAGGUGCGCCAGAAGAUGCUGUACGCUGCGACCCGCGCGACCGUGAAGAAGGAGUUCGGAGGAGGGCACAUCAAGGAUGAGAUGUUCGGCACCGUGCAGGAAGACAUCUGCUUCCAGGGGUACCUGCGUCACAUGACCUCCUGCUCCGCCCCCGCGCCCCUCACAGCCGCUGAACAGGAGCUGCAGCAAAUCAAGAUCAACGAGGUGAAGACGGAGAUCAGCGUGGAGAGCAAGCACCAGACCCUGCAGGGCCUGGCCUUCCCCCUGCAGAAGGAGGCCCAGCAGGCCCUGCUGCAGCUCCGCCAGAGGAAGAUCAACUACGUCCAGCUGCGGCUGGACACGGAGAGGGAGACAAUCGAGCUGGUCCACACCAACCCCACGGAGAUCGGGGAGCUGCCGCGCCGUAUCCCCAAGGACACGCCUCGCUACCACUUCUUCCUGUACCGACACUCCCAUGAGGGAGACCACCUGGAGUCUGUGGUCUUCAUCUACUCCAUGCCCGGCUACAGCUGCAGCAUCAAGGAGCGGAUGCUGUACUCCAGCUGCAAGAGCCGCCUGCUGGACGAGGUGGAGCAGGACCUUCAGCUGGAGAUCGCCAAAAAGAUGGAGAUCGACAGCGGGGAGGAGCUGACGGCGGACUUCCUGUACGAGGAGGUGCACCCCAAGCAGCACGCCUUCAAGCAGGCCUUCGCCAAGCCGCGCGGCCCGGCGGGGAAGAGGGGGAUGAAGCGCCUCAUCAGGGGCCCCGGGGAGAACGGGGAGGACAGCUAGAGGGGGGCGGGGGUCGGACUGUUUCCACGGCAGCCAAGCCGGGGGCACCCUCCCCCCCCCAGUGCUCGUCUGCGUCCUGUUUCUGCUUGGCUCUCUCUGUCUCUCGCUCUUGCUCGCUCGCCCUGCGCCCGGCCCCCCGCCUGUCCCUCUCGCGGCCCGCUGCUCUCAGGAGGACGGAGAAGGGAAACGCGCCCCCCUUUUCCUGCGCCCCUCUCCCGUGCCUCCUGUGCCGGCGCCCUUCUCCCCCGGCCCGGUUUCCGCGGCGAGGUCCUGUGCCGCCCCCGGACACCCCCCCGAGCCGCGGGAGAGAGCGCCUGUCCGUGGGUCGCGCCCGAGUCUGGCGGAGCGGUGCUCUCGGCGGCUCCCUGCACCCCUGCGCCCCUCUUUCCACAGCAGCGCGCCCACACACCAGAGCUUGCGUUUUAGGGCCGGAGGGUUGAGUCUUGGCUGUGGCUGAUCGUCUGGGGCGGCGCCGGUCUUCGUCUUCGUCAGGCGCUUCUGAGCGGCUCGUGCGACAGUCCUGUGCUCUCGGCCGAGGCCACACUGCUGCGCGCGGUCCAGCUCCUGGGGGGAUCUGGGGGCUCACUGGGGCCGUUAAUCCAAGGCAGGGGUACACUCUUCCUGGAGGAGCUCUCGGUUCUCCUUGUGGAACACUGCUUCCAGAAAGAUUCUGCUUCUGUUGAUCAACUUUUUUUUUUUUAAACGCGUUUUUGUUUUAGGGUGAUUUUUUUUUUAUUAUUAUUAUUAUUCUUUUGUGUCUAGUCCAGCUGCUGUUAACUGACCCUGCUACUCCCGCCAGUGGGAAUUUCAGGACACCGGAGACGGGGGGAGGGCAGUUCUGUGGCAUCAGCUCAAUGAGGGAUAUUGCAGUUAUUAGAUCUUCACUUUAUGAAAGGGAAAUGAAUCAUCUUUAAAAUGUGACACCGGGGUCUCCGCGCUCCAGGGUUGGUGGGCAGGUCUUGGAUCUGUUCAGAUCCACCUUCUGUGUGGCGUUUGCAUGGCUGUAGCCUCCAGUUUCUUCCCACCUCUGGGAGAUGUGCUGGCUCAGGCAGAGGGCUCCUCGGUCUGCAGGUUCCGCUGGGAUGGGCUCUGGAGUCCUGUACCUUCUUCUGGGAAGACACCGAUUCCUGGUGUGUGGGUUCUGGAGACCUCAGAGCUAGACUGCAUUCACAAAUUUUGUUUUUAGUUGUUUUUUUUUUCCUCUGCCAAUUUCCAAGCAUCUUGAUGAAAGGUUUCCUGUUUUUUUUUUUUUGAAAGUCAUUGUUUCACAAUCGGGGUCUUUCAAACGAAAUGCAACUCGCUGUGAACUGUGGUUUUUUAAAAAAACGGGGAAUUGGGAGUAGUUGAAAUUAUUGCACCAUCGUGUUUCUCAAGGCUCCCCGCUGC